AAACCGGCGGUAGCUAUAUUUCUCUGUGUUCUGUUCAAUUUCCAUUCUUCACCUGCAAAGCACAGCUUUGAUGGCUGUGGAGGAUUAGAGUUGGUUUCAGGCGAUUAUGUCAAAUGCUAUAGUGAGUUAAAAGCGUUUAGUACAAUCUUUGGUGAUUAUUGCUGAGUAUUGGUGGUAAAAAAAAAAUGCCACGGUACAAAGAUGAGCCUCCUGCUGUUCGUGUUUACACAGUCUGUGACGAAUCAAGGUACUUGAUGGUGAGGAAUGUUCCAUCGUUGGGAUGCGGUGAUGAGCUGUUGAAACUGUUCUCGUCCUAUGGAGAUGUAGAAGAGUGUAAACCCAUGGAUGCAGAAGAGUGUGAGCAAUUCACUGAUGUUUACUGGAUAAAGUUUCGUCUGGUCCGCAAUGCCAGGUUUGCAAAGAGGAAACUAGACGAGUAUGUUUUCCUUGGUAAUCGACUUGGGGUUUCAUAUGCUCCUCAGUUUGAGAGCCUUGCCGACACAAAGGACAAACUAGAAGGCAGGAGAAGAGAAGUUCUAGCACGACUGAACCCUUGUGGAUCUAAAGGGUCCAGAGUUAACAAAUCAGGUGGUUUAACGGAGGUUUCAUCCGACGCGACCACGUCCCAGACAUAUAGUGGUCCCCAACUUGUAAACUAUAGUCAAAGGGACUACGGGCAAUCACAACUUACUUCGCGAGUUAAUAAGCCUCCCAUUACAAGAGUUUCUUCUGAGAAGGAAUAUUUUGCUUCCCCAUCCAUGAAUCAAACUGUCCAGAUGGUCAGGGAAAAGCUCGAUAAGAUUCAAUCAAGUACCGAGCACCUGCUAGAAGAGCAUAAAUCCAAGAAAGCAAGGGUGGAUAAUAGACGGAGAAUCUAAUGCAUUUUGUGAGAACAAGCAGUCCAAUUGGAUCUGGAAAUGUGUUUUUUGCUCUCAGUCUCACUUCAGCUGUCAUUGAACAUAAUGCACCCUGUUUUUAUAUAUGAUUUUUAGGAGGUUGGGAAUGAGUAGGAGGUUAGUUGAUUAUGUAGUCUAUACCAAGUAGAGAGUAUUUCUUAUGG